AAUAAAUGUCAUUCUUUCAUUUCGUUAAACAUGUACUUACAAAAUUUUAGUGAUCUUUAAUUUCUUCCGCAAAUACCUUUUUUGUAUAAAUUUCAGUAAACUUAUCAAGCCGAAUGUAACAUUACCAGCCAAACUGACUUCAUUUAAUUUAAAUGCAUAAUUGUUUAUGUCCAUCUACACCGACUGCUGAAAGAAGAAACCCAAUAGAUACAAGUUCAAAAAACACAAGUUCUUUUCCAAACGAUAAUAACAACUGUAAUUGCAGCAAAUGUGAUAUAUUAUAUAGCAGUACCGAUUUUCCAGAUAAAUCCACAUCUCGUUACACAACUGCAACGGGUGAAGAUUGUUCUUGUCUAACUUGUGUCUGCUCAGAAAUGGAAACACCGACUCUAAUGUGUACCUGCGUAAAGUGUGUUUGUUCAGUUUGUUUUGAAAAUGCACAAAAGAAAUCACCCAUAACCUCCAUAAUUCCAUCAACUACAUGUGAUUGUCAAAAUUGUGUCUGCUCCGUAUGUCCUUCUCCUAAAAUAGAACCAAAAGACCGAGGAGAUAAAGCAAUUACAGUAACACCUGAAAACCUCUUACCUUUUUCUGGACUACAACCAAUAGGGCAGUCAACGGGCUAUCAUGGUUCCUUUUGUAAAUGUCUUACCUGUGAUGUAGAUACACCAGAGUUACAAAGUUUUAACAACCCACAAUUGGAAUGUAAUUGUAAUAUUUGCAGAUGCAGUCCUUGUGUUGAUCCAAAUAAAGUAAUCAAAACCAUUCAAUCAUCAAACACAAGAGACCAUUUAACAGACAAAUGUAAAUGCCUCACUUGUCAGGAUGCAUCAAUGUACAAACCAGAUUUUUUUAAAACCAAAGUAUCUUGUAAUUGCGUAGUAUGUGAGUGCGAUCCUUGCGCAGAUGAGGACAAAAAAAGACAAAUGGAAACGAAAACAGUAAGGGAGAUUGCUGUAAAAGAUAGCAAUUUUGCUUCCCCUAAAGUCGAUUAUCGCAAUUGUCCUUGUACAGAUACAUGUAAAUGCCUUACUUGUCAGGAUACAUCAAUGUACAAACCAGAUUUUUUUAAAACCAUAUUAUCCUGUAAUUGCGUAGAAUGUAAAUGCGACCCUUGCGUAGAUAAGGACAAAAGAAGACAAUUUGGAACGAAAAUAGGAACGGAUAUUUCUGUAAAAGACAGCAAUUUUCCUUCCCCUAGAGCCGAUUAUCGCAAUUGUCCUUGUACAGAUACAUGUAAAUGCCUCACUUGUCAGGAUGCAUCUAUGUACAAACCAGAUUUUUAUAAAACCAUAUUAUCCUGUAAUUGCGUAGAAUGUAAAUGCAACCCUUGCGUAGAUGAUAACAAAAAAAAUGAUGUGCGUUAUCACAUUCCUCAUUAUACACAAGAAGGCGAGAAUAAAUUGGUUUGCAGUAAUGAUGACUGCCAGUGUGAUCCAUGUCCAGAUUCAACAAAAGCUUUAUACAAGACUCCAGUAGAAAAACAACAGGAAGACAAGAGAGAACCAUGCGACUGUUAUAUUUGUAAAUGCACUCAGUGUAAAGAUCCCAAUGUAACUCAAGCGAAAGGAGAUAUAAAUCGUGAAACACAACUUUCCAAAUGUCACUGUAAAAAAUGUACCUGUGAGCCAGGUGAUCCCGCAAUUCAUCCGAUUAAAUUAGAACUAGAUAAAGAAAAGAAUUGUAAUUGUGUGACAUGUACUUGUUCUCCAUGCGAUUUUCCCAACACCCAACAAUCAUUAAUUUGUCAGUGUAUCGUUUGCAAAUGUAGUUUAUGCCAGUUAACGAAUGUUGAACGACCUGUUAGACCCUUGGUGCCCUGCAAUUGCGUUAUUUGCAAUUGUAAUCCCUGCGAAGAUCCUAACAAAAAUAGAGAAAAAAUAGACGUUGAACACCAUUUAGCUGGUUGUGACUGCUUUGAAUGUACUUGCAAUCCAUGCGCAGAUCCAGCUGUGCAAAAAAGCAAACAAUCUGAUAAGCCUAUCGAAGAAACUAUACACCAGCAGCAACUUGGGGCAUAUGAAAUGAAAAAUUGCAAUUGUUUACAAUGUUGUUGUAAGCCACACUAUGAUCCCACUAUCGAGCAAAGAAAAAAGAAAGUUGACACAACUGAUAAAGGAGUCCCAUGUUCUUGCCCGAUUUGUAUGUGUAAAACAAGUAAAGAUAUACAUGGAAAGGGAGAUGAAAUAUAUGUAGAUGAAAAUAAGGUAGAAAGUAAAUAUAAAAGUACCCCUAGCCAAAAAUGUACCUGUGAAAAAUGUAGGUGUGGCGGCAGUACCGAAAAAACUUUGGAAGUCAGAAAACCCGUUCAAAUAACCAGAUCUACUCAUGAUCGUGAUUGUAUUUGUAAAGAAUGUCUUUGUGAAGAGUUACAAAAGACUUCUACAAUAGAGUUUAUAAAGUGCCAUUGCAGUACUUGCAACUGUGUAGACUGCCUUUUUAGCAAACCAGAACAACAAAUAAAGAUUCAAGAUAGACCAACUACAAAAACCCCACCUCAUUGCACUUGUAAAGUGUGCGAAUCAAGAAAAACAUCAAGAGAUAAUAUGGCUAAUGACUGUAUUUGUAAGAAAUGUAAAUUUAGUGACAGUACCUCUGCAUUAAGUGAUAAAGAAACAAAUUCACUUUGCAGCUGCAGUGCUUGUUCAUGCUUAACGUGUCACACAAAAAAGGUUGAACAAACGGAUAAUAUGAAAUGUUAUUGUGAACAAUGUACGUGCAAGAAUUGUAAAUUUAUUAAAUAUCAAACUCCAGAAUAUCAAACUCGGGAAUAUCAAAUUCGAGAAGAAGAAUUAGGUGACAACAAAAAGAUUUGUACUUGCAGCCCUUGUAGUUGCACUGACUGUAUUUUAAAUAACAAAAUAGAAGGAAAACCUAUAAAGAAAAAUAAUCCCAAUAAUCCGUCUCCUACCUUACAAGCUAAAUGCACUUGCCUUGAGAUUCCAAUGUCACAACCUACACAUAUUGAGCAACAAUCAGAAUAUGUACCAAAAAAUUCUAAAAUGAAACAGUAUCAUUCAUAUGCUGCUUAUCAAGCUUUUGUUGACCCAAUUGUUGUUCACGAAAAAUUAGAGAACCCUACACGUUUACCAGAACCCAAAAAACUAAAAGCUACAAAUGGUCAGAAAAUUGAGGUAGAAAACUUAUACAACCAUUUGCCAAUGUUCCUUCCACAAUCAACAGUACCAGUUCGGAUACAAACCAAAAGAAAAAAGAACUAUAGAUCAUCAAAAAGUGGAAAAACGCGAGGCGUUACUAGGAGUGCAGAAAUAAAUAAGUUUAAGCAGUUUGGUUUGUCUAGAUCCAAACCAAUACCGUAUUCUGAAGAAGUGUUUCCAUUUUCUCAAAGCGAUGUAACUAAUAACCGUACUGUCUUUCACAAAUUAGAUCCAAAUCUACCAGAAAAACCUUACGUCCUUACAGAGAACAACAAUUCUUUCUUGAAAGACAAAUGUAAAUAUGAGGAACAAAUCAAAAUCCUCAAAAAAACUUUGAACAAAAUUAAAGGAUUUAAGGAGAAAUAUGCUCAUAAUUCACAUGAACAGUCUGUUCUUAAAAAGUCAUACGAAUAUGAAGAAUCUAUAUCAGAACUUAGUACGGCUUUCAAGAAUUUAAAGAAACACUGUAAAGCUGAUGACAAAACAAUUAAAGAAAUAACGGACGAACUAAAACGUUAUACUAGCAGCACAACGUUUUUCAAUAUCUCCACCAGUAUUCAACAAGAGAGUGAAUGUGAUCAUGAUAUUACGGAACAGAGCGACGAUAUUCAACAAUUUACAUGUUACAAUCCUCCAAGAAUAUCCGUACCAAACAUUCCAGUAUUACAACAGGAAACUGUUAAAAUUAGACCUUUAACGGCUAUACCUGGUCAACGCAGACGAGGCAAUACUUGCAAUUGUCCUGUGUGUACUAGUCCCCAUCCUGAUAUUUUCUAUAAUACUGGGGACAACAAUAUAAGUCCACGACAAAGCAAAUUAAUUCGAACAAUAAAUUAUGAUAUCUACAAUAAACCUAAUACAUUAUCUCCUAAUCUUACGCUGACAUGUAAAGGAAAUAAAAAAGAAUCAGAUUUGCCGCCGUACUAUAUACUACAACCUUACUGCCGAACAACUAAUGCAGAAAAUAUUCCUAUUGAUUGUGUAAACCACCAUGCAUCGGAAACGAUAAAUGCUUCUGACUUUGGUCAAUCAGUUGCUGGUUUAAAUGAAGCAAUUAAUACCUGGAAAAAGACGUAUACAACAAACAAUACAAAUGAUAUUAAAGUUACAAAGAACGUUGAAACACAAAGUGUUGACAGACCGAAAUUAAAGGGCGUCGCUUGCAAAUGUGGAAAAUUCCACAGAGACAACAAAUUUGUAAACCUAACUGGAUUCAAAGUGAUUAACGUCAAAAGAAUAACUGUGGAUAGUAUUGUAGUAGAAUGGAAAUGUCCAAAAAGUAAAGCUAUCACCGGAUAUGACAUUGAAAUUAACGGGAAGCGGAAGUCUAAGAUCUUAAGUGGCUGGAGAACGUGUGCUAUGAUCCACUCACUUGAUCUUUCAUCUGUAUUAUAUAUUUCAAUUUAUGCAAUUACACCAUGCGGACGAUGUGAACCACCAGCAAAAGCUAUUUACGAAAUAAAACAAAAAUCAAAGUGACCAAUAUUUAAUUUUUUGUUUCGUGUGUUUUGUAGAUAUCAUUUUUAAAAUUUUUUUUAAUACAGUCCUAAUUUGAUAUAUUCUGUUCAUUUUUUUUUAAGAACAAUAAAGUUGACUUGUAUAGUAG